UCCCCGAAACACUAAGCUCGUGCCAUAAGCUUUUAUAUUAAGAGAAAACACUUACCAAUCUAAGUGUCACCUCUCUUCUUCCUCAUAAAAAGAAACCUUAAACUAGUUUAUAUAUACCAAAUUAAGAGAUAAGCAUGACUCUCCUCAACACCGAAAACACAUGGGCCUUCGUCUUUGGCUUGCUCGGCAAUGUCAUCUCCUUCGCCGUGUUCCUCUCUCCUGUGCCAACAUUCUAUAGAAUUUGGAAGAAGAAGACAACAGAAGGGUUUCAAUCUCUUCCUUAUGUCGUGGCGCUCUUCAGUGCAACGCUCUGGCUUUACUAUGCGACACAGAAGAAAGAUGUCUUCCUCCUCGUCACUAUUAACGCCUUUGGAUGCUUCAUCGAAACCAUCUACAUCUCUAUGUUCCUUGCCUACGCUACCAAGCCAGCCCGGAUGUUGACAGUGAAGAUAUUACUUCUUAUGAACUUUGGAGGAUUCUGUAUCAUUCUCCUUAUCUGCCAGUUCUUGGUAAAAGGAGCAACACGUGCUAAGAUUAUCGGAGGGAUCUGUGUUGGAUUCUCUGUUUGUGUUUUCGCCGCCCCUCUAAGCAUAAUCGUAAGUACUAAUUAAUUAAGAGG